UCUAGGCCACGCCUCCUGGGGCAGGGACCAACCCGCGCGCUUGCUCAGUGAGGACUGUCACGCCCCUCCGAUGGGCACCGCCCCCCUGGGCCGUGGCGCUACCGCGCAUGCGCGGAGAGGACGCGCGUCGCUUCCGCCGGGCCCUGGGUGCGUGUGGCUGUUGUUGCCCCGGGGGUAGAGCGCGACUCAGGUGUCGGUGGUUCUUCGGCACGUGCCCUCGGACUGUAUUUGGAAGCUGGAGUCUUUCCUGGGAAUGAAGGAUGGCAGCACGCCGUGCAUUAAAAGCUGUUUUGGUAGAUCUCAAUGGCACACUUCACAUUGAAGAUGCAGCUGUGCCAGGCGCACAGGAAGCUCUUAAAAGGUUACGUGCUACUUCUGUAAUGGUUAGGUUUGUGACCAAUACAACCAAAGAGAGCAAGAGAGACCUACUGGAAAGGUUGAAAAAGUUGGAGUUUGAUAUCUCUGAAGAUGAGAUAUUUACUUCUCUGACUGCAGCCAGAAAUUUAGUAGAGCAGAAACAAGUCCGGCCCAUGCUGCUAGUUCACGAUCGGGCACUAGCUGAUUUCAAAGGAAUACAAACAAGUGAUCCUAAUGCUGUGGUCAUAGGAUUGGCACCAGAACAUUUUCAUUAUCAAACUCUGAAUCAAGCAUUCCGGUUACUCCUGGAUGGGGCACCUCUGAUAGCAAUCCACAAAGCCAGGUAUUACAAGAGGAAAGAUGGCUUAGCCCUGGGGCCUGGACCAUUUGUGACUGCUUUGGAGUAUGCCACAGAUACCAAAGCCACAGUAGUAGGAAAACCAGAGAAGACAUUCUUUUUGGAAGCACUGCGGGGCACUGGCUGUGAACCUGAGGAGGCCGUCAUGAUAGGAGAUGAUUGCAGGGAUGAUGUUGGUGGGGCUCAGGAUGUUGGCAUGCUGGGCAUCUUAGUAAAAACUGGAAAAUACCGAGCAGCAGAUGAAGAAAAAAUUAGCCCACCUCCUCACCUAACGUGUGAGAGUUUCCCUCAUGCUGUGGACCACAUUCUGCAGAAUCUACUGUGAACCAUUGUGUGAAUCAGAAGCAACUUGAAACGCAGCUUUUCAUCGCCUGGAAUGAAUCCCUUACCAACUCAGCGCCAGCACAGGCAGACACAGCCCCCAGCGCUGAGAUGUGUAACCCUCUUGUAUUGUGCACUAAUUAGAAAGAAAGGUAUUGAAUACAGCUAGCCACUAAGCCUUGCUUAUCUCUUUUGUUGUAUUUUGUAAAAGAAGAUGAGACCUGAAGAAAGGGAAAGCUGAGAUUUUAUGCCAUUCCUUUUAAAAUAUUCAUCAGAUUAGGCAGGGCUGGGAGGGAGAAGCUACUGCAGGGAGUCGAGUUCUCGGCUGUCUCCUCACUGGUAAAUUGGAAGGGUGGGUUCAGAUUGUGAAUGAAGUUGAAAGAUGCAUUACGCUAUAGUUUUAAUAUUCAGUUCAGCUGUGAAACCCAUCAGAAGUGCCAAGUGGAGUACAAGUCAGAAGAAGCAAAAUAAAUUGUCCUUUAGCCCAAGUGAUUGAAUGAAUUUGCUUUAACGGAUGUUGAAAACUAGAUUAUCUGCAGUAUUAUUCCCAGCACGGAUGACUUCUUUUUCUCUUCAUUAGCCAGAGAUGACUAAUUUAAAUUUAGAACCUGAUUUUAAUUUAAAAUAAUAUUUCCAUUAAUAACCUAUUCAUUGCAGAUACCUAUUAUACUGUGUAACAGUUGUUUUGGAAAUUUUAUGUAAAAUUAAAACUAUCAGUAUUUUACAGAUGUUUUAAUUAGACAUUGUUAUUAACAGGAACAGUGCAGAAACUAAAAUAAAGCCUUUA